AUGUUGGUCAAGGUUGGCAGCACGGCGACGCCUCCCACCCACAACGACUUCUCCACACAAAGCGACCUGAGCAUGCACAGCGACAGGGGGCUCGAGGACUGGGUGGCCGAGCUUCUGGCCCAUCCCUCCACGGAUGCACGCUGCGUCCGCUUGGGCUGCGCCUGGGAGGCCUACCGCUUGCAGGGGCCGGUGGAUGAUGACGUCUUCCUCUUUCCCGCGGCCCUGGGCUGGGGACCCCAGAACAGACCUUGCUUUGGGCACCUCGUCGCUGGGAUUCGCAACGUUGUAGAAGCCCCGCCGGGGAAUUCUACGGGUUAG